GGAGGCUGUGUGCUUUGAAGAAAGAAAAACACCUCUCUGUCUUGGGAAGACUUCUUCAAUCAAAGAGAGUUUGCUUUGUCGAGCUGUUCUAAUGAAUCCUGUGGAAUUUCUACUUUGGAGGAAGCCACAUCAGUAAGGACGGUGAAGGAUGGAGCUAGGAAAGGCAAAACUUCUGCGAACUGGCCUCAAUGCCUUGUACCAGGCCAUACACCCUGUGCAUGGGAUUGCCUGGACAGACGGAAAGCAGGUGGCACUGACUGCACUGCAUUUCCAUAACAAAGAACUGAGGUUUGGUGACUCAAGUGUUAUUGGCCAGUUUGAACAUGUUCAUGGACUUUACUGGAGCCCAUGUUAUUCUGCCAACACCCCAGCUUUGCUUGCUGUGCAGCAUAAAAAGCAUGUUAGCAUUUGGCAGCUAAGUCAUAAUUUUUCAGAAAAGAAUAAGCUUUUGAUUUCUCAGACCUGUGAAACUGGGGAACCAUUCCAAUUGCUCCCCCAGGGUUGUGUAUGGCACCCAAAGAGGGACAUUUUGUCUGUACUUACCAAACGGGAUGCAUCUGUUUUAUAUGCUGUUCGUUCCAAUAAUUCUAAAGUUAAAGCAGAUAUCAAAAGCAGCGGUCUCAUCCACUGUGCCUGUUGGACAAAGGAUGGUAAUCGUUUAGUGGUCGCUAUAGGCAGUGCUCUUCAUUCCUAUAUAUGGGAUGAUACUCAAAAGACACUGAAUGCUUGUUCCUUUUGCCCAAUAUUUGAUGUUGGGGGUUACAUCUGCGCUAUUGAAGCUACUCUGGAUUUCCAAAUUGCAGUAGCUACUGAACUUCCUAUUGAUAAGAUCUGUGGCUUAAAUGCAGGUAUUACAUUUGAAAUGCCAGCAGGUACUGAAACAGGUUCCUUAACUUCACAGUCGACACUCGUGCUUGGGGAUGAGGAGUAUUCUAUGGACCAGAGAAGAAAGUCUGUAGAUUCAGACAAGUCAGCAACAGUUGAUUCAGCAGCUUCAUCUUCCUCAGGUCCUGUGGAUUUAACCCACAUCCUUGCAAACCACCGAAGAUCUGAUCCCAGCCCUCUCAUUCCUCUGCGAAGGAAGGAUUACCCUUCAGGAACUGGCCAAGAUUCCUCAUACUUGAUCUUAGUGACUUUUGAAGGAAAGGUAACCACAACCAGAAAAGUCAGCAUUCCAGGCAUCUUAGUCCCUGAUAUAAUUGCUUUUGACUUUAGAGCUCAAAUCGUGGCAAUAGCCUCCAAUACAUGUAAUAUUGCUUUAGUAUAUUCAGUAACCUCAUCCUGUAUGCCCAACAUUCAACAAAUCCAGCUAGACAAAAAUGAACGACCCAAGGGCCUGUGCUUUUUGACAGACAAGCUCUUGUUAAUUUUGAUUGGCAAGCGGAAAUUCACUGAUCCUGCCCUUAUUCCAUCAUCUAACUCAGAAAGAUAUGUCAUCCGGCUGAUGGUCAAAGAAUUAAUAUUUGAAGAAGAAUCAUCAGCAAAACCUGAUGCCACUCAAAGUCUACCUUUCAGUUUUGAGUCAUCUGUGACUAUUCCUGGGAAAAGAAAAUAUUUUGAGAAUCUUGCUUCAGAAAAUCAUGUUGGAGGAAAAGAGCUGUUAAUACCAGGCAGCGCUGUUAUCCAGUCUCCUAGUCGAAGAAGACAAAUAUUGAGAGAAGCAAAGAGUACUAGUUAUGAGAAAAGUUCCUCAUCUAGUGUGAGUGAUUUUGAUGAUAAAAGACUUGCAGGUGAUCCAUCUGUUGCUCUAGAAACUCUGGAUGCUGAACCAAUUAACCGAUCAGUGGCCUUGCUUGGUCUCAGAACACCCACCAGGUUUUCAAACAAACUAGUGUCUCCUAAAGUGAUGCAGGAGACUUUAAACUCUCCCAAAAAUAACAUUUUGCCUAGUGAAAAAGGAGCAAGUCAUAUAUCCAGGAAUCUGGAAAGAUUGUGUGGCAGCUUCAGUGACUUGCAACUUCGACUUCUUGAAUUAACGGACUUCACUAAAAAUGGGAACAGACUAUCUCUAGUCUACCCAUCUUCUCAACAGCCACCUUUUGUUCACAUCACACACCAGAAGCAUUUUUCGAAUGGGGCUGUAACUGAAGAAACAAGAAUUGUUCUCCUUUGUGAUGGUAAAGUUCAUCUGAAUCUAGUCCAGCAACUGUUUGAUCUGCCGGUUGUUGAAAUGAAGCAUGGUUCUUCUUGGAUUAUUCUUACAGCAGAUGGUGAAGGCUUUAUUCCAUUAACAUUUAAAGAAAAGCAAGAGAUAAUUGUAAGAGACGGAACUAAUAGUUUGGAAGCCUAUGGAAGUCACUCCUGCAAAAGAAGCAUUUCUUCUCAGCCAUCAAAUAGUGUGACAUAAUAAGGCAACUAUAUGGUAAAAUAAGUUCUCCAAAAUAAACCUGCAUUGUCAUAAAAUACCAGCAGCAGGACUUCUGAGUGCAUUUUAACCAUAACUCAUGUGGCUUUUGUUUCACAGUAGCUAGUCUUCUUCAGAGUGCUGCAUUCUACAGGAUCAGAUCUAGAAAACAUGUCUGUGACACCUGUCACUCUUCAUGGAUUCCUGAAACUAAGAUAUAACAUACUAUUGUCAGUCUGAUCGAUUGACACAUGGUUUUGCUUUAAAUGUGCUGUUGAAAUCUGAAAUAUGCAUCAUUUUGGAAACUAUCCAUACAUUGGCAAGAUGAGGCAUAUUUUUUAAAGAUUUGCAGUAUUUGUUACAUGGUGUGGUUCCUGCAUCCAUGGCAAUAUAUACAGAAACCUUGAAACUAAUACACAAUAGGUGCCUCAAGCAGGACUCUGGAGAGGCUGCCUUAAAAGCUCCGAAAUAAAUCUCUCUAAAGCAAAUUUUCAUGCACGUGGUUCCUAGGAAUAGCAUGUAAAGUACUGUGGGAGUUGUAACAAUUGUGUUUAUUAAGACAGAAAGAGCUAAAGCAGGAGAAUUGUUCCACUUCCUAAAGCGUUUUUAUAGUAAUCGAGGCCAAAGGGGAGAAGAACAAGAUUUAACUGCAGAUGUUGGACUUUCAUCAUUUCUAAGAAGAGUCCCAGAAAGAUAUGCUUACAUUA